AGUGGGGGUUAGAGAAGUGCGGCCGUCCGUUUCCUGCUCUGAGCGUGAACAGAACAGAGAAGAGAAACUUCCUUGACAUUACGAGCUCGGCGUUCGGACGGCGCACACGGGGACCUGCUCUUUUUCUCGCCUGAGGUGUGCUGAUUUAGGCCGGACGGGGGAGAGAGACCCAGCGGAACGACCAUGAGCCGAGGCUCCAAAGCGAAGGCCGAGACGGCCCGCAGCUCGCUGCUGAGUCUGCAGGAGAACGAGAAGCUGGAGGACCUGCUGGGCAGAAGGUGUGCUUCCAUGGCGACUGCGGUGGCCCAGCUGCUCAUGGCUCUGCCCCACAGCCCCAACGUGUGGAGCGUGCAGCACACCGGCGUGCUGUGCUUCGUCAAAGACAACCUGCAGCGCUCCUACUUCAUACGGAUGUUCGAUCUGAAGAGAGGGACGCAGGUCUGGGAGCAGGAGCUCUACAACCAAAUAGUCUACUCCUGCCCACAGCCGUUUUUCCACACCUUCGCUGCAGACGACUGCCGGGUCGGGCUGAACUUCGCCGAUCGACAGGAAGCGGAGGCCUUUCAGGUGGCAGUCGAGGAGAAGAUCAACCAGAGGAACAGCCGCCAAGAGAAGAAACAGCGCCCCCUGCAGCACAGCGACAGAGGCACGCUGCCUCCGCUUCCCUCUGACAGGGGAGCAGGCGGCAGCCCCGGGUCCUUCCACAUGGCCACCGUGGACAUCCAGAACCCAGACAUUCAGUCGUCCCGGUACCGGUCCAUGCCGUCGCCCGCUCCUCCUUCGGUUCUGAGCAGCAAAGACAAGAAGAAGGAGAAGAAGAGCAAGAAAAAGGGCCCAAAGCUCUCCAAGGCAGACAUAGGAGCCCCCAGUGGAUUCAAACACGUGUCCCACGUGGGCUGGGAUCCCAACAACCUGGACCCCGACCUGCAGCAGCUGCUCUCCCGCGCGGGCAUCGGCGAAGCGGAGAUGAGGGACGAGCGGACGUCGCAGCUGAUCUACAACGUCAUCGAGCAGUCCGGGGGGAUGGAGGCCGUGAAGAGGGAGGUGCACUGCUCAGCUCCACCGCCGCCCGGCAGACAGGGCCCCCUGCCGCCCCUGCCGGGGUCCGGUCCGUCGGCCCCGACGCCGCCCCCGCCGCGGGGCCGGUCCGGGCCCCUGCCGCCGAUCCCGUCCGCCCAGGCGCAGCGGGGACCCCCGCCCUCGCAGCCGGCGUCCCGCGGAGGCCUGCCGCCGCCCCCUCCUCCGUCGAGCAGGGGCGGCCCCCCGCCGCCGCCGCCCGCGCACUCGCACCCCGCGCCGCCCCCCGUCUCCUCCCACGCCGUGCCUCCCCCGCCUCCGCCCUCCAGCCAGCGCUUCCCACCGCCUCCCGUCCCGUCCACGGCUCCCGCUCCUCCGCCGCCUCCACCCCCGCCACCUCCACCUCCGUCUCAGAUGUCCAACUCCUCAGACUUCCCACCCCCCCCUCCCUCCUUCGGCGGUCCACCCGCACCCGCGCCCGCACCUGCCUCUUGCGGAGGCGGAGACAGCAGAGGAGCUCUGCUGGACCAGAUCCGACUGGGGAAGAAACUCCGAAACGUCACAGAGAACCCUGACCCACCUCCACCUGCAUCUCCAGCGUCCAGUGAAGGCAUCGUUGGGGCUCUGAUGAUGGUCAUGAACAAAAGGAGUAAAGUCAUUCAUUCCUCUGAUGAAAGUGAAGAUGAAGGUGGAGAUGACGAUGACGACGACGACGAAUGGGACGACUGAUCGCUUUUGAGCCAGCGAUUUUAGCCAAAUAUCUUAUUUGUGGAUCUGUUACACACAGCGACGACAGACUAGGACAAAAUAAACAGGAGAAGCGAUUAAAGAGAAUUCUGACACUUUGAUAUAUUUGUUCAAACAUCUCCAGUGUAGGAUUGUUUAGGAUGAAAGCACAUAACACAGCUACUCACAAUGAAGGUGAACGGUGGCUCAGGACACGUCCUGCUCCUUGUGCUUUUUUUUUUUUUUUUUUUUUUUAAAACAUGUAAA